AUGGAGGGUAGACUGAUUGUUAUCUUGAAGGUCUCUGGUAAAAGAUCCCAUUAUAGUUCACUGAGGUCAGAGCUGGUAAUGUUGAGAGACGCGCCUGCAUGGAUUGGAUUCUCUGGAAUGCGAAAAACAAUGUUGAUGAAUCAAGAUAGAUCCUUCACUAGAUGGAUUUCACCAAAACCUAGCUGGAUCAGAUUGGAUAUUGAUGGUUCUGUUCUCCCCAAUGAAGACGCUUCUUGUGGUGGCCUCAUUCGUGAUGACUUAGGGAACUGGAUUAAAGGCUUUACUAAAAGUCUAUGCUAUCAUCCUACCACUACCGCUGAGCUCUUGGCCCUGACACUUGUUCAGAAGGAUCAUGAUCCGAAUCAUCCUCUUGGCGAUAUCAUUAAGAAGAUCAGAUGUCUCGUCAUGAAGGAUUGGGCUGUCACCUUCAAUCAUGCGUUUAGAGAAUGUAACAAAUGUGCGAAUUGGCUUGCUCGACAAGUUACAAGAGAAAAUUCAGACACUUUAUUUGAUGACAUUCCACCUCCAAGGUGUCGUCGGCUCAUGGGUCUUGAUUUGACUUAA